GUGUACCCAUUUACCUGGUGUCAGUGAAGAAAGGGUGGCAUGUUUCAGACGCCUUUGAGGACCUUUUAAGACAGAUGAGGAUACGUUAUCCAGUGUAUAAGGAAGCACAGAAUAUGCCGUUGUAG